AUGAGCCGGGAUGACUACACUCCACGGGGCCUAUCCGACCUGGAGUCCCAUCUUGAUAUUGCCGGCGAACGUCAGCGACCUCACUUUGAUGUUGGCACUGGGUCGGAGCCAAUUGCACCAUCACCAAACCAGCAAGGCCAACAUGUCACUCUCAAUGCCGCUCUCGAGGUCGAUAUGCUGCGGCACAAACUCCGCACCCUCGAAAAUCUUGUUGAACGUUACGGAAUUUCGCCACACGUUCCCUCUCUUUCUGAAGCUGAAGAAGCCCGAGCUCUUCAAUAUCGUUGCGAAUGCCUCGAGUCCGCGUGCAGGCAACAGAGCGAGCUGAAGCUCAUCCGCAAUAACGAUCCUUGUCUCCGGUGUCGAGCCUCGAACAGACCAUGUGACGCAAACAACCCGUGUUCCCGCUGCUCGGGAGUGUCCUCGUCUGACUCGGAGAUACAUUGGAGCGUCCUUGGAUGCUAUCGUGGGUCUGUCACAUCCCUUGUUGAUGUUCUGCUCCAAGGGUCGUUUGCUUGGUCACAACCUCAUACGCCGUUGACGCCCUCUAACCCCCGUCGCGGCAGCAUUAAUGAUAAAAUACUAGCACAGAACCCUGCUCUUUCAACUGUCACAAGGUCUGCCUGGAGAGUUGAUUUCCAGGAUACGUUCUGGUGGCAAGACGGAGAGCCUGGUCUUGGUGAAGGCGUUAACCAUCCACCGGGACCAGGUUACCACGAUCAAGGAGCUCCGCCGCCUGUUCUCCAGCUCAUUUCUUCCAGCCCGAGUUUUCGGGGCGUUGCCUUCGACAUUCUUGAGAUAUUGAGUCUGAGCGGUCAACUUUCUAUUUCGCGAGAAGAAGAACAGGCGGUACAUCCCGCUCUUUUCCGCGCAAAACAACUACUACGAGAGAUUGUGUACUACGAUGCAUCUCAGCCGAAACCCCUCUUACGAAUCGAAACCAGCUUUCCUCCCCGGACUCCUAUUGAUGUUCGUCCUUCGACUGAACGGAACGUGCUCUUGAGGGAAUGCACACGGCGGUACCUAGUCUCAUUGGAUUUCGCAGCCUCAAACUUGCAAAGCAUGAGUGCCAGGCAAUGGCUAGGAGUUUUUAUCUCCCUUUGCAUUUUUAGUGCUGUGGACACUAUUUUGGUAGAUCUUGCUUGGUCCUUCCAGGGAAAUGACCCGUCACAAGCAGGUACAACACCGACAGAAAGGCCUGACCAAGUUAUCCGAAGCGUGUAUCAGGUGCUAGUUUCUCUAUUCAGUAUUUCGAGCGAUCCCUUGGCGAACAGCUCGGAAUCCGACGACCCAAUUGUCCGCAACAUCGCUCGGAUUAUCAGGCGCGAAUAUUGGCCUCCUAGGCACCUUUUCUCAAGCAUCGACUUUCUUAUGAGCCUUGGUGCAGGCGAAACGCCUAAUCAUGGGUUUAACGGUUUUGUCAUGCCGAGCCAAUUUGCACUGCCGAACGAUAUAGCGGGACGUGCUCGCAGACACACAAUAAGUGAUGACAUGUCGCCAUAUCCAGAAUCGAGACGACCUUCAGGUGGCGAGCCCAUCUCACCGUCGAGACUAAAAUCUUCGUCCCGCCGAACCUCGUUACGGCGUGUCUAUUGCGACAAGUGCAACGAGCAUCCGGACGGGUUUCGGGGUGACCAUGAACUGCGGCGCCAUAUAGAUGCUAAGCAUUCAGCCACAGUGAAACGAUGGGUUUGUAAAGAGCCGAAAACCCUGCUACCUUCUUCACCGCAACCCGUCAUACCAUUGUCGAGGUGCAAGGCAUGCCUAGCACAGAAGCGCUACGGGGCAUACUACAAUGCCGCCGCACAUCUUCGCCGAGCGCAUUUCCGGCCUCAUAGGGUAGGCAAGGCCAGUGGCGAUUGGCCAUCCAUGAGUGUUUUGAAGGAUUGGAUGCGGGAAGUACGCCAAUCAGUUGAUGUACCGGACGAGCAUAUUUCCAGUGGCGAAGACGAUAUGGACGAAUUUCCUUCACCAGCCAACUACAGAGACUCAAUGUCUCAUCAAGCUCCCAUGAUUCCCGAAGCCCAACCGCCUGCCGCUGUACUAGGGCCACUUCUCUCCUCGAGUACUAUUGACCAGUCGAUACCGAUUGAACGAGCUAGCCCAUCUCGACGACCCGCCGAAAACCGAACGAGGUGUCCCCAUCCAGACUGUGGUCGAGAAUUCCGUGACUUGGCAUCUCACAUGCUCACACACCAAGAGGAGAGGCCCGAAAAGUGCCCGAUUGUAACGUGCGAAUACCAUACGAAAGGAUUUGCGCGCAAGUACGAUAAGAACCGCCAUGCCCUUACUCAUUAUCGUGGGUCAAUGGUGUGCCCAUUCUGCCCUGGAGUCGGAAGUCCUUUCGAGAAGGUGUUUACGCGUGCGGAUGUCUUUAAACGACACUUGACUGCUGCUCAUCAAGUUGAUCAGACGGGUCAUAGCAGUGGUCACAGACUACCUGGAGGUGACGAUCCGGUAGGCACAAAAGCAAGGUGUUCCAUAUGCAAAAACGGGUUCAGUACUGCUCAAGACUUCUACGAGCAUCUUGACGACUGUGUACUGGGCGUCAUUGUGCCGUCUGGAAGUACGUCAAGUCAACAAACCCGUUUGCAGGGAUCGCCAUAA